CAUUAUAUAUUAUCAUAACUGCAUUACCCUUUACGCACCCCGCUCUCUUCCGCCUUGUUAUUGCUCCCUUCCUUCUCUCUCUCUCUCUUUCUCUCAGUGGAUCAUUUUAAUUUUCAACCAUUAAACAUUAUAUAUCAGUUAUAUAUCUCAGCAAGGAAAAGCCAUCUUCUUUCCAGAUUUGCAGAGAUCUCAGCUAAUGUCAGAAGAUAUGAAUCUAUCCAUAAAUGGUCAGUCUCAGGUCCCUCCUGGUUUUAGAUUUCAUCCCACAGAAGAGGAGCUUCUUCACUAUUACCUCAGAAAGAAAGUGGCUUAUAAAAAGAUAGACCUUGAUGUUAUUAGGGAAGUUGAUCUCAACAAGCUUGAGCCAUGGGAUAUACAAGAGAAGUGCAAAAUAGGAUCCACCCCACAAAACGAUUGGUACUUCUUCAGCCACAAGGACAAGAAAUACCCAACGGGGACCAGAACUAAUCGUGCAACGGCUGCCGGGUUCUGGAAAGCAACUGGCCGUGAUAAGAUUAUCUAUAGUGGCUUUAGAAGAAUUGGAUUGAGGAAGACAUUGGUUUUUUACAAAGGAAGAGCUCCACAUGGACAAAAAUCUGAUUGGAUUAUGCACGAGUACAGGCUGGAUGAUAACACUCCCUAUGACUCUAAUGCUUCCAAUCCCAUCGGAGAUUCCGUGUCUGAAGAUGGCUGGGUGGUUUGCCGUGUAUUUAGAAAGAAAAAUUAUCAGAAAACCCUAGAGGGUCCUAAAAGCUCCUCGUCCACUUCUCUGGAUUCAAAGACACAGAUGCUUUGUUCAGCCAACGUUGGGGUUCUAGAUCAAAUUCUUCUGUAUAUGGGAAGGACUUGCAAGAUGGAGAAUGAUUCAUUGAGUAACAUGAACAUCCCCAACACCAACAACAGCAACAAUCGAAGAAUGCUUGUAGCAAACAACGCAGGAAUCGGCGAAGAGUUACAUGAAAGGUUUGUGCAUCUCCCCAGGCUCGAAAGCCCAACUCUCCCUUCGCUUCCCAUGAGUAGUCCACCCUUUGAUGAAGAAAGGAGAUUCGAGUCUUGUUACCAAUCCAUCGAUGAUAUGCUGACUGAAACUGAGCCACCUUCAAUCAACCAAGGGGACGGUGCUUGUGAUCACCCAGGUUCUUUUCAGAAUACUAAUGGGUCCAAAAAUGGCGUUAAUAACUGGGUCACCCUGGACCGACUUGUGGCAUUCCAGCUAAAUGGUCAUGUAGAGACAAGCAAGCAAUUAUCAUGUUUUAGUGACUCUGAUGCGGUUUUCAGUCUUUGCCACGAUGAUGAUAGUCAAUCAUCGCAUAUAAAUUUGCAAAGAUCAAAUCAAAACUCGCAAGUCUACAGCAACGAGAAUGAUCUAUGGAGCUUGACGAAGUCAUCCUCACCGUCGUCAUCAGACCCCUUAUGCCAUUUGUCGGUAUAAUAGGAGUACAUGUCAAGAUCAUAUAUAUAAAUACAUACAUACAUAUACAUACGUAUUUGCAUAAAUAAGGGUUAAAUAUUAGAAGGGGACUUAAUAACGGUGUAAUCGAUCUAAUUACCGAUCAUCUCUCUGGAAAUGUUGUUAUUGGGAUUAGAGAUUAAUAUGUUCUUUUUUACUUGGUAAUCUCUUCCAAAGGGGAUUGUGGUCUUACCCUAAUUGGUUAACUAUCUUGAAAAGAGAUUGACAAAGUUUAAUCAUAGCUUAGUGCUGACUUAAGAGUCUGGAAUCUGGGGCUCAUGUGAUUGUGUGUCAUGGGUCUUACACCAACAACACAAAUAAUUAUAUCCACUUGGUUGCAUUCUGGCAUCGCAUUGGAAAAGUGGUGAUCAGUCAUAUAUUGUUUGCAAAUGGGAAAAAAAAAAAAUUCAAUCUGUUAUGGUGGUGUCGAGGAAGAUAGUGUUGUCUCACCUAUCAAGAUUUUGAGGAAAAAGGUGACCAUCUUUAAGGAAUUAGGAUAAGAUGAAAAAGAAAAGCACGUACGAGCCAGGGCCAACAGAUAUUUAUACUGUACUUCUUUUGUCUUGUUCUAGCUAAACUUCAGCGUGGGUAAACCUUUAACUGCUUUUAGU